UUCUCAUUAUCUCGCUGUGUCCCAGGGCCCCUUGCCCAGGGUGAAAGCCCAACAGCCCCAGGAGCUGAGCCUGGGGAGCAGCUCCCACUGGCACUGGGGAAGGGCAGAGCUCUGCUCAAAUAGCUCUGAGCUGAUCUGGAGCUUGCAGGACAAAUUGGCAGAAGGGAACAACAUCCAGGAGCAAAGAGCUUGGCUGUGGAGAUGCCUGGCUUGCAGCAUCCUCACACGGGAUUCUGAAGCUGGUGAUUGGGAAUCCUGAGGAGAUUCUGAGCCUGCUCCCAUUCUGAACUCUUGCAGAGUUCCUCCCUGGAUGUUUGUGUUCCCUGCCUGCAGCUCUUCUCCAAAACGUCUCUGGAACAAAAGCCCCGAGGAGCCUCUGCUACAGCCAUUAUCCUUGGAUCACAGCGUUCCUGGAAAAUCUACAGAUACAGAAUAAGGAAGCGCCCUGGCAUAGCAUGAGUGCCCGCGGCGCUGGGGGCCAUGCCCUUCUCCAACAGCUCUGAGCUCAGCCCGUCCUUCCUGCUGGCCAGCAUCCCGGGGCUGGAGGCGGCCCAGGCCUGGCUGGCCAUCCCGCUGUGCUCGGCCUACGUGCUGGCCCUGCUGGGCAACUGCGCCGUGCUGCUGGUGGUGCGCGCCGAGCCCAGCCUGCACGCGCCCAUGUACCUGUUCCUGUGCAUGCUGGCCACCAUCGACCUGGCGCUGGCCACGGCCACCGUGCCGCGCAUCCUCUGCUUCUACUGGUUCGGCAGCCGGGAGAUCGGCUUCGGGGCCUGCCUGCUGCAGAUGUUCCUCAUCCACGCGCUCUCGGCCGCCGAGUCCAGCGUGCUGCUGGCCAUGGCCGUGGACCGCUACGUGGCCAUCUGCCACCCCCUGCGCCACGCCGCCAUCCUGACCAACGGCGCCACGGCCAAGGUGGGGCUGCUGGCCAUGGCCAGGGGCGUGCUGUUCUUCCUGCCGCUGCCCCUGCUGCUGCUGCCGCUGCCCUUCUGCGGCUCCCGGGCGCUCUCGCACUCCUUCUGCCUGCACCAGGACGUGAUGAACCUGGCGUGCGCCAACACCACCCCCAGCGUGGUGUACGGGCUCACGGCCAUCCUGCUGGUCAUGGGGCUGGACGCCGUGCUCAUCUGCCUCUCCUACCUCCUCAUCCUCAAGGCCGUGCUGCGCCUGGCGGCCUGGAGGGAGCGGCUCAAGGUGUUCAGCACCUGCAUCGCCCACAUCUGCGUGGUGCUGGCCUUCUACGUGCCCCUGAUCGGGCUGUCCGUGGUGCACAGGUUUGGCAAGGACCUGGCGCCGCUGGUCCACGUCGUCAUGGGCAACGUCUACAUCCUGGUGCCCGCUGUGCUCAACCCCAUCAUCUACGGGGUGAGGACCAAGCAGAUCCAGAGGAGGAUCCUGAGCCUGAUUCACGUGGCUGACAGAACUCCCCGGUGAGCGGGGCUCUGCCCCCGUCUCCUCGCUCGGGCUCAUGUGUUUCACACUCGGAGUCCUUGGGGCUGGGCCGUCCCCUGCCUGUGCCCUGAGGUGCUGCCACCAGGCAGGAGCUGGCUGUAAACUCCUUCCCACAGUGUUUGCCCUCACCAAACCUGAAAUGGCUGCGAUGAUCUAAACCCGAGCCCGGCCUGGCAGGUUCCACGAGAAGGGAAAAGCGACUCAGCAAACUUGCACAGAUGUCCCAACACUGCACCCCUUGGCUCCUGUCCCGCCUCCAACAGUGGCAGAGCAGAGCAAUUGCUGGAUGGUUUGGGAUGAUUUAGUUAAUUCGUUGUUUCCACAUGGGACACAGCCACAUUCCAAAAGUUUUGCCAGAAAAUUUGCACGUAGCAUCAUUCUGUAAGUAAAAGAAUUACAGGACACCUGUCCAAAGUGACAUUACAGAUGCAGAAAUGCCUUUCAAAAAAAGAACAUCCACCUCUGUGGUCUUGUUCUGACCCGUUGUGUGCUCUGUCAAGACCCCUCAACCUCCUCAUAGCAGAUGCUGUGGAAAAACUUCAGACUCAGAGUUACUGGCAGCAGUUGUAAAAAUAAUUUAAAUUAAUAAUUGUAUUCAAUAUAAGAAAACAUCUCAAGGGAAAAAAAUAAGCAAGUUAUAAAUGUUAGUGAUUAUUCCAAGCUGAAGGAAGUCUCAUUUCCAAGCCAAAGCUGUUCUCCACUGGGAAUUCCUAAAAACUCCUUUCACUGCCACCACUGAACAGAGUCUGGCACCAUCCUCUGGCACCCCUUGGGGAGAUUGGUAUGGGUGGAUGGGAGCCCCUCUCAGAGCUCUCAUUAUCAUGGGCUGUGGUUUCACAGGAGUUGGGGUUCCACUCGUGGGAAGUCAGGGAUGUGUUUGCAGUUCCCCCUGCAGCAGACCCCG